AUGGCAUACUCUCCACGCCCAAACUUCGUGUUGUCACUCUUCCGCGAAUUAUUAAACACAUUUAUCCAUUCUUCAGGCGAUGACCCUCUCCUUACGCGAGCUCAUAGGCUGUUACAAGAGAAACCUGCCCAAGCAAAAAACUUCGCCUGCUUGAUCCCAAUUAUUGUGGGUAUUAUCCUCAACUUGCUAAUCCAAUAUGUGAUCGGUCACGUUGUUAUGUCCAUAUUGAUACUUGAAACCGCCGAGACCCAGACUGACUCCCAUGAAACGGGAGGCGAAAAGCGGAUUCCCUCUUGCCGACAGCUUACACAGACGCUUUCUUCCCUCUACAGCAAGGGUGGUCUCUAUCUUCUCUUCAGUGGCUUUGGCGCUGCAUGUUCUUAUUGGACUGCUCACUCUUCUUUAACCCAACUGUUAUCAUCUCUGGUGCUAAAACAUGGAACCCUAAGGCCGCUUGCGUAUAUCGUCUCAUCGGUCCUGCUCGCAGAGAACCAUUUCUUCUGGUCUGCUCAUACGAUCCUCCGUCAAGACCAAAUCAACCAAGUUAGCAGACGGCGCGACUGGAGGCGAUGGAAAUUCUUGGCGGUUCCGGCCUUGAUCUAUGCCUCCACUGAGACUUGUAUGAGUCAUAUUCCUGCUAUUAUUGAGAAUCUUAGCGUUGCACCCCACGAGAAUGUGACUUUUGCGAGAAAGUCGAACAUCAUCCUGUCAGAUAUCUCGGUAUCUGUCUUAAUGUUGGCUCUUCAUCUUGUGCUCCUCCUUCCUUCAUAUAUCGCCCUGAUAUCAGUCGAGGCGAGUUUCCUUCCUCAAACUUGCGAAACUAUUAUUCCUUCCUCCUCCAGGCAGCGAGGGGUACGUGUCAGAGAGCUAUUCCCGAGUGCUGAUCUACCGCUACAGACACAGAAGGCGUGGCAGAUGAUAGGAGUUGGAAGAGUAUUGUGGUGCCUUGAGUUACAUGGGAAGAUGACCUUAUGUUUGGUGUCUAUUGCGGCUAUUGUUCACCCCAUUGUUUACUACCUUUUUUAA